GCGGAUGAGAGCGCAGCUGAGAGACCGAGGCAGCCCUGCGCGAACCAGCGAGGAGGGGAGAGAGAGGAAACCGAGCGACGGAGAGAUGGCGAGCAUAAACAUGGGGCCGACACCACCACCACCGCCGCUGCUGCUGCUACUGGGGCUCUCGUGGCUCCUUCUAGCCGCCUUGACACCUAUUGUCCGAGGUCUGAACGGCGACGAGGACCAAAUCCAGGACAGCGAGUGCAAGAUGAAGAGCGUCACCGUGUCUGCGCUGCCGUUUCUGAGGGAAAACGACCUGAGCAUCAUGCACAGUCCGUCGGCCUCCGAGCCCAAGCUGCUAUUCUCCGUGAGGAACGAUUUUCCCGGAGAUGUCGUGGUGGUGGACGACCUGGAAAACACCGAGCUCCCCUUUUUCGUCCUGGAGAUCUCUGGGAAUUCAGAGGACAUCCCUCUGGUGCGCUGGAGGCAGCAGUGGCUGGAGAACGGCACUCUCCUCUUCCACAUCCACCACCAGGACGGCAGCCUGAACCUCCCCGAGCCCACUGAAGACCCCGCCAACAACUCUGCAAAGGAGGAGCUACGCAUCCUGCACAUCUCUGUCAUGGGUGGGAUGAUCGCCCUUCUGCUGUCCAUCCUGUGCCUGGUCCUGAUCCUCUACACCCGCAGGCGCUGGUGUAAACGCCGCCGCAUCCCUCAGCCCCAGAAGAGCGCCAGCGCUGAGGCAGCUAAUGAGAUCCACUACAUCCCCUCCGUGCUGAUGGGAGGCCAAGCCAGAGAGAGUCUGAGGAACUCCCGGGGACAGGGGCCCAACUCCAGCGGUACACUCAGCAUCCGGGAAACACCGAUCCUGGAUGGGUACGAGUACGACAUUACUGACCUGCGUCACCAUCUGCAGCGCGAGUGUAUGAACGGUGGUGAGGAGUUUGCCAGCCAAGUCACCCGUACGCUGGACUCCCUCCAGGGCUGCAAUGACAAGAAUAAUAUGGACCUCACACCUGUGAGUGACAACACCAAGCUGGCUCUAAUGAACAAGUACAAGGACAACAUCAUUGCCACGAGCCCCAUCGACAGCAACCACCAGCAGAACACCCUGCUACCGCACAACACCUCCACCAGCCAACGCAAACGGCUCUCCAGUAACACCCGAGCAGGUUCCCCGCGGAGCCCCAUCAAUAAGACCACCUUGACUCUGAUCAGUGUCAUCAGCUGCGUGAUCGGCCUGGUUUACUCCUCUCACCUUUCCUGCAGCAUCUCAGUCCGUGUAAUCCUACAUGUGCCGGAGCACCUCAUCGCUGACGGUUCGAGGUUCAUCCUGCUGCAGGGGAGCCAGUUGGACGCCUCGGACUGGCUGAACCCGGCUCAGAUCUUAUUGUACUACCAGCAGAACGCCAGCGGGCCCUGGGUCAACGAGCUGUGUGGGCGCCGCCUCCUGGACCCCUGUGAGCACCAGUGUGACCAAGAGUCAGGAGAAUGUCUCUGCCUUGAUGGCUACAUGAAGGACCCGGUCCAUAAGCACCUCUGCAUCCGCAGCGAGUGGGGGCCCAAUCAGGGUCCCUGGCCUUACACCAUCUUCCAGCGUGGGUUUGAUCUUGUGAUGGGGGAACAACCCUCUGAUCGCAUUUUCAGAUUCACCUACACCUUAGGAGAAGGGAUGUGGCUGCCGUUGAGUAAAAGCUUUGUCAUCCCCCCCGCCGAGCUCGCCAUCAACCCCUCAGCCAAGUGCAAGACAGACAUGACAGUCAUGGAGGACGCGGUGGACGUACGAGAGGAGUUGAUGAUCAGUUCAUCGUUCGACUCGUUGGAGGUCCUCCUGGAUUCCUUCGGGCCUGUCAGAGACUGCACCAAGGACAACGGAGGCUGCAGCCGCAACUUCCGCUGCAUAUCUGACCGAAAGCUGGACUCCACUGGAUGUGUGUGUCCUCCAGGGCUGAGUCCUAUGAAGGAUGGGACCGGGUGUUACGACCACCACAUCGGCAUCGACUGCUCUGACGGUUUCAAUGGAGGGUGUGAGCAGCUGUGUCUGCAGCAGCUGGCUCCUCUGGAGGAUGACCCGACGCUCUACAACAUCCAGAUGUUCUGUGGGUGUAUCGAGGACUACAAGCGUGGUCCAGAUGGCAGGUCGUGUCUGCCGCUGUCCGAGGCCUGCACAGAGGGAAUAGACUGCGGGGAAUCAGUGGACAUCCCGGCUAACCAGACUGUGUUUGGAGACCUUUUCUACGGGUACAACAACCACACCAGAGAGAGCUCCUCUGGACAGAUCCUCAAGGCCACCUUUAGGCAGAAGAACUUUGCCCGAGGCAUCGAGCAGCAGCUCCCAGAUGGCAUGGUGGUGGCAUCGGUGCCAACAGAGGUUCAGUGCCACGAGGAGCUGUCGGACCCCGUGCCCGACCCAGAAUACCUCACAGGCAUGGUGAACUACAGCGAGGUGUCUGGUUACCCGCUGGUCCAGCACUGGAGUCUGCGCUCUGUGCUGUACCACGUCAAACUCAAUCAGUGGGUCCUCUCUCAAGCAUUCAGCUCGGCCAUCCAUUCUCUGGACGGGGCGACGCAGCGGAGCGACUUUGUCUCCAUCCUCCGGGAGUUCGGGAACCACUACGUGCAGGAGGCGAUGUAUGGCUUUCAGGAGUCCUGCACCAUCUGGUACCCCAACAAACAGGUCCAGAGACAGCUGUGGCUCGAGUACCAGGACAUCAGCAAAGGUAACUCGCCGUCUGAGGAGUCAGAGGAGCGUGACAAGGAGCCGAGGACACUCACCUACCCUGCGUACAUCGCCAGUCUGCUGGACACAGGUGCGAAGCGCAUGGCAGCUGGUGUCCGUAUGGACUGCACCAGCCAGGGCCAGUGCCCACGCUCCUGCUACCUGUGCCACAUGAGCCCGAGGGCGGCACAAGGCCGGCAACAGUCUGAGCCCGUCCUGCUGCAGAUUACCAAGGCUGCACCCAUCUAUGAACUGGUGUCCAACAAUGAGACAUACCAGGCUCUUCAAGAGGCCAUGAUGAGCAUGCUGUGGUGUUCUGGGAAAGGUGAUGUUAUCGAUGAUUGGUGUCGGUGCGAUUCCAGCGCUUUUGGCACAGAUGGACUUCCCACCUGUGCCCCACUUCCCCAACCAAUGCUGAAACUGUCUUACACCUACGAGCCCAGCAGCUCAUUGGUCAUCAUGGAGUGGAACCACACCGAGCCACCAAUCGGCGUGCGCAUUGUCGAUUACCUCAUCAGCCAGGAGAAGGUGACAGAGAGAAGCGACCACUCCAAAGUUGAGACAGAAACCCUUUUGAGUUUUGUGGACGACAUCUUGUCCGGUGCCAGGUCUCCAUGUGUGAUGCUGGGCGACAUCCCCAACCUCCUCUCCUCGUCCAUCAGCAUGAUCAUCCGCUGCCUGGAGCCCGACACCACAUACAUGUUCCGGCUGUGGGCGGUAGACAACACAGGGCGCCGUUCCAGUCCAAGUGAGGUCACCAUCAAAACCCCAUGUCCCACUGUGGAUGACGUCAAAGCACAAGAAAUAUCUGAUAAGAUCUACAACCUGUUCAACGGUUACACCAGUGGGAAAGAGCAGCAGACAGCCUACAACACUCUGAUGGACCUGGGUGCUCCCACGCUCCACCGUGUGCUCUACCACUACAACCAGCGCUACGAGAGCUUUGGAGAAUUCACCUGGAGGUGUGAGGAUGAGCUAGGACCCAGGAAGGCCGGCCUCAUCCUCUCCCAGUUGGAAGAACUCUCCCCGUGGUGUAAGGGUCUCCUCCAGGAGCCCAAGAUCGGCCUCCGCAGGAUGUCCCUCAAGUUCCUGUCCUGUCGUUACACCGACACCAAGACCUUCGGGCUGAACUGGUCCGCCAUGGGCCAGGACGUGCACAAGGCCUGCGACGAGCAGACACUCACCGUCAUGUAUAAUGACUAUGGCGAGCCCAAGGAGUUGUAGAAUUAUCCAAUAAUCCAAUAAUCCAAUAAUCCAGAGCCUUCAACUCGAUGUGUACAGGAGUUUAAGAGAUCUGUCAGAACUGAUAAAGAACCUAUUAAAAUGCAGGUUUCACAUUU